AUGUCGAAAACGGUGAGCCCAGAUGCGGUAUCGAUUAUUCUGGCCAACCCCUGCCCCGACUCUUCUUCAGAUUUGCCGGAGAUUGUUGUACAGGUCGUCGAUCUCAAACCAACUGGCACCAAGUACACGUUCAUGGCGAAUGACGGGAAAAUGAAGGUGAGAGCUUUGCUGCAAUCUUCUCUGUCAUUGCUAGUAACAUCUGGAAAUAUUCAGAAUCUAGGGCUCAUCCGUGUUCUUGACUACACUCUCAAUGACAUCCCCACCAAGAAUGAAAAGUUCCUGAUUGUAUCAAAAUGUAAGGCUGUGUCUUCUGCACUUGAGGCAGAGUACAAGGCAGAUGCUGAGGUUACUUUGACUCCAGAACAGGAUAGUGUCGUUAAGAUUGAAGCUAGCGGUACUUUGUUAAAGCCUAAGCAAGAAGCAAUGGCUAAAUCUGCUGCACAAAUAGUUCAUGAGCAGCAUGGCAACAUGGCACCAGCUGGACGAAUGGCGAUGACAAGAAGAAUCUACCCACUUGUCUCCUUAAACCCAUACCAAGGAAACUGGACAAUUAGAGUUCGGGUAACUAGCAAAGGAAACAUGCGAUCCUACAAGAAUGCAAGAGGUGAAGGCUGUGUGUUCAAUGUCGAGCUGACUGAUGAAGAUGGCACUCAAAUUCAAGCCACAAUGUUUAAUGAGGCUGCAAGGAAGUUCUUUGAUAAGUUCCAGAUGGGGAAGGUCUACUACAUAUCAAAGGGUACUCUGAAAGUUGCAAACAAACAAUAUAAGACAGUGCAGAAUGAUUAUGAGAUGACCUUGAAUGAGAAUUCUGUGGUUGAGGAAAUCAAUAGUGAGCCUGCUUUUAUUCCUGAAACCAAAUUCAGUUUUGUCCCGAUUGAUGAAUUAGGACCAUAUGUGAAUGGAAGGGAGCUUGUUGAUGUUGUUGGGGUGGUUCAGAGUGUAUCUCCUACAAUGAGUAUUAGAAGGAAGAGCAACAAUGAGGCUGUUCCAAAGCGGGACAUAACCAUAGCUGAUGAGACGAAGAAAACUGUGGUGGUGUCUCUGUGGGGUGAUCAUGCCACAAAUGUUGGACAAGAGCUGCUCGAUAUGUCUGAUAAAUCUCCUGUGGUUGCUAUUAAGGCUCUCAAAGUUGGUGACUUUCAGGGUGUAUCACUAUCAGCAGUGAGCAAAAGUGUUGUAGUAGUCAACCCAGAUACUCCGGAAGCCAAAAAGCUGAGAUCUUGGUAUGAUUCUGAAGGCAAGGACACUUCUUUGGCUUCUAUUGGUGCUGGCUUAAACCCUUUGGCAAAAGGUGGAGCAAGAUCAUUGUACUCCGAUAGAGUCUCCCUAUCUCACAUCACCAAUGACCCAUCAUUGGGAGAGGAUAAGCCUGUGUUUUUCUGCAUCAAAGCAUACAUAAGCUACAUCAAACAAGAUCAAGCAAUGUGGUACCGAGCUUGCAAGACAUGUAACAAAAAAGUUACCGAAGCUGUUGGGUCUCGCUACUGGUGUGAAGGGUGCCAAAAGAACGAGGAUGAUUGCAGUUUGAGAUACGUGAUGGUGGUUAAAGUUUUGGAUGCGAGUGGCGAAGCCUAUCUCUCAGUUUUCAAUGAGCAAGCUGAGAAAAUAAUUGGAUGCUCAGCAGAUGAGCUCAAUGAGUUGAGAACUCAGGAUGGAGAUAGCUCAUAUCAGAUGAAACUGAAGGAUGCUAUGUGGGUCCCUUACCUAUUCCGAGUUAGUGUGACUCCUCACGAGUACAAUAACGAUAGGAAGCAAAGGAUAACCAUCAGGGCAGUUUCACCUGUCGAUUAUGCAACUGAAUCCAAGUAUUUGCUCGAAGAAAUUUCCAAGAUGAAAAUAUCAAGAGACUUUCCCCAUAGUUGA